AUGGCUUUAUUAGAAGUGAUUCUUGGUUUGGGUUUGGGUUUUUUGUUCAUUUUUUGUGCACUCUUGAAUUGGAAUGAGAUGAGAUAUAGGAAGGAGGGGUUGCCUCCAGGCACCAUGGGGUGGCCAAUAUUAGGAGAGUCAAUUAAGUUUAUUUGGCAAGGGCCAGACUUCAUGAAGAAUCGGACGUCUAGGUAUGGGCCUUUGUUUAAGUCACAUCUACUGGGAAGUCCAACGGUUGUGUGCGCGGAUCCGGAACUCAAUAGAUACAUCCUGACGAAUGAAAAGAAGGGGUUUUUACCUGGAUACCCAAAGUUCAUGAUGGAUUUAUGGGGGGAGAAGACCCUCGCAGCCCUGAGCGGCCCAGAUCACAAGACCAUGAAGACUUCAAUUCUUGGUCAUGUUGGCCCUUCAAUGGUCAGAGUCCAGCUGCUGCCUAAGGUUGAUCAGUUUGUGAGAUCCUACCUCAGCAACUGGAAUAACAAGAUCAUAGACCUCCAAAAGAAGACAAAGGAGAUGGCAUUUCUGUUAAUGCUGAAGCAAAUAGCUAACACUGAAACUAGUCCAUUUGAUGAGGCCAUCAAAAUCGAGCUCUUUCAGCUUUUUAUCGGAGUGUACUCGUUGCCCAUCGAGCUACCAGGCACCAAGUAUUAUCACGCAGUUAAGGCACGGAAGAAAAUAACACGCAUGUUCACGGAGAUUAUUGAGGAGAGAAGGUCUUCUCCGAGCUUGCACCAGGACAUGUUGGAUCACUUAUUACGGAGUGACGAAGGAUCGAAAGCAAAAAUAACCAACAAUGAGGUCAUCGAUUUGGCCAUCGCUGUGAUGUAUGCAGGUUAUGAUUCUGUUUCCAUGACUUCGAUGCUGGCUGUAAAGUAUCUCCAUGACCACCCAAAAGCGCUUGAAGCUCUCAGGAAUGAACAUCUUGAGAUCAGAAAAGGGAAGUUGCCUGAGGAUGCAGUCAACUGGAGCGACUACAAGUCCAUGAACUUCACUCGUGCAGUAAUCUUUGAGACUUUGAGAAUAAGUUCGCUUGUUAAUGGAGUUUUAAGGAAAACAACUCAAGACAUAGAAAUGAGAGGAUUUGUGAUUCCUAAAGGCUGGAAAAUCUUUCUGUAUUUCGCGGAGAUCAACGAUGACCCUGAAUCUUCAUCUUUCAAUCCAUGGAAGUGGAUGGAUAACAACUCGGAGUCGCAUCAGCUAGUAUUCGGGGGCGGCAACAGACUCUGCCCGGGGAAGGAAUUGGGCCUGGCCGAGAUUUGUACAUUUCUUCACUACUUUGUUACCAGAUACAGAUGGGAAGAGGUUGGAGGAAAUGUGAUAAUGAAAUAUCCAAGAAUUCAUGCACCCAACGGGCUACACAUCCGCGUUUGGGACUACUGAACUCUUUAGAUAUAAAACAUAAUAAAUGUUUGAGGACUGCUAUUAAUUUUUAUACUUCUAGUUCUUGGGUUUGUUAUAGUUUCGCUGGGAAAAGAUUGAGUUUUCGUUAUUUAUUUGAUUGUUGAACUGCAUUUAUCUAUUGUGUGAUUGGUUU